UCUCAUAAGACUACACAUCCAGCGGAACAAACUCGGUCUCGCUGGCGCUGGGUAUGAAAAUAUCGAGCGUAUAGGUUGUUCACAGUACAGGAAUUGUCGAUCGACCUUUGAACCCUAAUCUUCUUCCUAACCCGCAAAUCGAUUCGUUUUACCACCGUAAGUGGGCAUGGAGAUGCCUUCGAUCUCUUCGAGCCCCCGCACCGUGGAAGAGAUCUUCAAAGACUAUAGCGGUCGUCGCGUUGGCGUCGUCCGUGCUCUCACUCACGAUGUUGAUGAGUUCUACUCGCUUUGCGAUCCAGAUAAGGAGAAUUUAUGUUUGUAUGGUUACCCGAACGAGACUUGGGAAGUGACACUGCCGGCCGAGGAAGUUCCCCCAGAACAACCGGAGCCGGCAUUGGGGAUCAAUUUUGCGAGGGAUGGAAUGAAACGAAGAGAUUGGCUGUCCCUGGUGGCUGUGCACACUGAUUCCUGGUUGCUCUCUGUUGCAUUCUAUUUCGGAGCUCGCCUUAACCGUAAUGAGAGGAAGCGACUAUUUAGCCUGAUAAAUGAUCUGCCUACCGUGUUCGAAGUUGUGACAGAGAGGAAGCCUAUGAAGGACAAGCCCAGUAUGGAUAGUGGAAGCAAAUCCAGAAUCAGUACAAAGAGAUCAAGUGAUGGACAGUCAAAAAGCAGUCUGAAGAUAUAUGAUGAGAGUUACGAGGAGGAUGAAGAUGAACAUGGUGAAACCCUUUGUGGAAGCUGUGGGGGGAAUUACAGUGCUGACGAGUUCUGGAUUGGCUGUGAUAUUUGCGAAAGGUGGUUCCAUGGCAAGUGCGUAAAGAUAACACCAGCCAAGGCCGAAAGUAUCAAGCAGUAUAAAUGUCCGUCUUGCAGUACCAAGAGGAGCAGGCAGUAGAGGCUGAAUUAAAUUUAGUUGAGGACUGCAACAGCUUGUAUCUUUUUACUAGUGUUUCUUUGUCGCCGACUUUUCCCUCUCCCUCUCCCUCUCCCCGCCGCCACUCCCAAGUCUGUCUUUUAAUUUCCUACAAUCCUUAAUUUAUUUAUUUUAGUUCCCUGGCCUGGAGGGUAACAGGCGGGGCGUUUGUGUUGGUUUCAAUUUGGAGGAAUGCUGGGUCGUAAUUGUUUGAUUGGGAGCAUGUGUUUAGUUAGACCCUUAUAUCAACACCAUUGUAGAAGAUUGCCCGUUGUUCUUGGUUUUAUCAGGCAUAGAAUGAUGUUGAUAUGUA